AGCUUAGACUCUACCUACAAGACAACACACACCUAAAUGUUUCCUAACAAGAAGUAAUUGUAAAUUAUUUAAUAAGAUCUUAAUAUCUAUUUUUGUAACAUGCUGUAUUAAAAAGAAAGACAAACAAACGACAGAAAAAAAAUUUAACCAUCAACAACAACAAAAAAGGAAGUAGAAAAACGCAAAGCAAAGAGAAAAAGAUUAAUUAGACGAAAGAAGAAAGAAUUUAAAUAGAUAAAACAAACGAACUAAUGAUAGAUUUAAAAAGAGAAAUAGUGUUGUGUGGAUUCGUACGAUUGUAUAAAACUAAAGAAGACGAAGAAUAAAUUAAAUAAUUAAUUAAAAAAGAAAAAAAAAAAAAAACAGAUAGAACGAGAAGGAAUUAAUAUCUGUAAUAGGGUGAAAAUAGAAAAAAAAAGUAAAAGAAGAAUCAAGAGGAGAACGCGAUAAAUAAUUUCAGUAGAAAAACGAACAAGGAAUAUCGAAGAAUACGAUUAUAAAGAAGAAAAGAAAGAGAGAUAGUUCUGUUGAUUAAAGUGUUCCGGCAAAAGGAGAGGAUUUCGUUUCACCGGUAGUUGCGUAGCGGCAGUACUACCGAUAUAUUGAAUAAAUAUAUCCAUUAUCCGUGUUGUUAUCCUUUCGGGUGUUGAGAGAGAAACGAGGCGAGCUUCACGUGAGGAGGUUGCCUGCCGCUGGCCGAGUCGUCGCUAAUUUGACUUUAUACUUCGGUUGACUCGAGUGACUGUGCGCGGUGGGAACUGCUCUGCCGCUGCUGCUGCUGCUGGGGUUUUAACUUUGCCGCUGCUGCUGCUGCCGAGCUGAUCGAGCUGGUGAAGCUCGUUCCGCUGCUGCUGCUGCUGCCGCUGCUGCUGCUGCUUGUGCUAUAACUUCUUAUUUAAAAAAAGAAGGGGAAAAACGCUAAGGAACUUAAAAACUUGAUAUACAUAUUGUCAUUCGUUGCCGGAUCUUUGGUAAAAAUAAAUAGUUGACUUAAAUAACGUGCAGAGUAAAGAGAGAAGAAGGAAAAAAAAAAAACAGAAAGAAAGAAAGAAAGAGAUCUAAAAGGUUUAAUUUACCAAAUCUACGUGGUUCAUAACAAGGUGCUGUUACUAGCUGCAGGUGACCAACGAGUUUACGACGAUUACCGCUGUUUCUGUGUGUUAUUUUUGUUUAAAUUGUAUUUAUUUAUUUUUAUUUAUUUUUUCGUUUCUUUUACCUUCUAACUGUGACGUGUAUAAUAUUGUAUUCUAGUAGUAUUUAUAGUCGUUUUUACCGACUAUACCUACGUGUGAUAGAGAUAUCUGUAUAAGUAUAGUUGUAAAGAAAAAGGCGAAAAAAAACAAACAAACAAACAAACAAACAAACAAACAGAGGAGAAGUAAAAGUAGAAGAGAUAAUCAAUUUGAUAACCGAACGAGUGUUUUAAAAUCUACGUGUCAUCAACGAAACGGAAGAAAUCACGAAGAAGAUUAUUGAAACGAGAAAAAGCUACUCGAUCAGUUCUCAGAGCUUAAUAAAGUCAAGUUUCUGAAAUUGUUCGUUGUUGAACACGACGACCGAUACCAUCUGAAAACCGCUCAUUAUUACUCUACCAGGAGAUAACGGAAAGUUGAAAAAAGAACGAAGAAGAGGAAGAAGAAAAAAUCUGUCACGAUGGCUGUGAGAAUGGAAAACGCUGCUCCGAGAAAACUCAACUACAAGGUGAUGGGUACGAAUGGACAGAGACCGACGUACGCGGGUGCCAAUAACGGAAGUGCGGGUAACGGGGGAGCAGGAGGCGUUGGCGUCGGACCUACCGGAGGUCACGGGCUGAAGGGAGGCGCAGGCGGAGGUCCGAGGGGUGGAAAUCCGGUGCAGUAUCGCCCCAGCGGCACCGCCGCAUGGGGCACCGUUCCGCCCCACGCAACGACACAGGCUUACCCAACUUAUCCGAGAUAUCCCAACGCGGUUUCCGCUGCCGCAGCCGCAGCAGCCCAAAUGCCAGGCAACGCGCAGCAGCUUCCUCCAACAGCUACACCCUACACGCCCUAUUCGCAACACGCAUCGCCGCCUGGCCUUCUGUCAACCAAUUACUGUUGGCCAAAUAGUGCCAUGAUGUCAAACGGUCAGAUGAUGUCUUGGAAAAGACAAAGACCUGGCGGGUUUCUCAGGAGUGGCAACGGAUUCUAUGCACCGAAUGAAAAUACCCCGAUGCCUCCCCAUGCCAGGCGACUGUUAGAUUGCAAAUCUAAUAAAAAUUUUGGCAUGAAUAGUCUGGAUACGCGUGAGGGCAUUCCCACCAAUAAAUUUAAUAAAACUGGACAAAGAACAGGCGUUGCAUUGUACGGAGGGCAGAGAGUUCCCACUGCCUCGUCACCUGCUAACACAAAUAGCAGCUCGAGCAGUGCUACAGGCAGCCAAAGCGGAACCAUGAGUACCAGCCUUAGUAACAAUGCUAUGCAAGGACAGCAGACGGAGCAGCUCUCCAAAACAAACUUGUAUAUUCGUGGCCUGAACCAAAAUACUACAGACAAGGAUCUUGUUAAUAUGUGUGCUCAGUAUGGAACUAUAACUUCUACAAAGGCGAUUCUGGAUAAAAAUACAAAUAAAUGUAAAGGUUAUGGCUUUGUAGACUUUGAGUCACCGCUGGCGGCAGACACUGCUGUGAAAGCACUGAUGGCCAAAGGCAUCCAAGCGCAGAUGGCGAAAGUGGGUAUCUGGUUGCUCCGUAGACUGGCCAGUGUACGUUGGUUGUGCAUGCAACAACAGGAGCAGGACCCUACCAACUUGUACAUAGCCAACCUGCCCCUCAACUUCAAGGAAAAUGACGUAGAAACUUUGCUUGCUCAAUACGGCCAGGUGAUUUCGACACGUAUUCUACGUGAUCCAAAUGGUCAGAGCAAAGGUGUCGGGUUUGCAAGAAUGGAAUCGAAAGAGAAAUGCGAACAAAUCAUUCAGAUGUUUAAUGGAAAAGCAUUACAAGGAGCAAAGGAUCCUUUAUUAGUGAAAUUUGCUGAUGGAGGCAACAAAAAAAAGACUAUAUACAAGACUCCCAUAUGGAGGGAACCUGGCGAUAACAUAGCUUUGAACUACGAUGCAAGUGGAGUUGGUCAAAAUGGCGUUGCAACGGCUCACAUGCUGCCUGCGGCAACAUUGGCUCAGUAUGGUCGUCACUAUGGCCAAGUUCCUGGUUACAGUGUUCCUGGAGGCCCUUGGGUCACCCCGUACCUCGUACAAACGGCACCACCGCACAUGCAACAGGUUGACAUGAUGCCAUCAGCUGAUCCAAGCAAUGCGCAGUAUAGCAUAAUGCCACAGCUAACGACACAAAUGUCCACUAUGCAUUUGGGAACAGCUUCCUACAUAGCGGCGAGCCCUCAUCCAUACCCGUACACUACAUACCCUGCACCUAGCAUUAUCCACACCAUGCCGAUGGGUGAUUCUGAACAGACGAGCAACGCAGCAUCCCCGGAUGACUCCUAUCAACAAUACCAGACUCAGCAGCCCAAGUAGGCCACAGUUUAUAGAUACGACUAUGCCGAGGGUUACAUAAGUUAGAAGAGGUACACCUGUUUAUAUGAGGGAUUAUAUUAACGAAGAAUAGACAGAGUAAAUACAUAACGUAAAAGUCAGAAUAAGAUUCUUCCUCAUGAUAAGUUGACUUGCCAGCCAUCUUUUAUACAUUUUAUCCACCAAAAUAAAUAGGUGAAAGUAGUUAAUAUUUUGCAACGACAGUAGAGUAUGAAUGUUGACAUAAUACGGAGCGAACGCCGGUGCCAGCGCUUUGAUUGAUUGGCGCAGGGUUGUCUCUCCGCUGUACCGCCAAUGCCAACGUGUUUACGUGUAGCUGACAAGUGACAAUUAAUAGGCGACGGGCAGUUUUAGCGUCAAGCUGAUAGGCUUCCAGGUUUAACUAUAGGUAUUACAUUUACUACGGAGUUGAUAAGUUGAAGCUGAACGCUUGAGAUAUGAAUAUGAAUAAAUAUUUUAAAGAAAAAAAAAAACUAAACUAAACUAUAAAAUGCUGCUCACAUAUACAAAGAAGGAUUCUUCCCAAGAAUAAUAAUAAUAAUAUACAGAGAAACACACUUCCAAUACUAGAGUUGAUCAAAUUCAGAUUCAGUAUGAUUGUAUAAUAACAGUACCUACCGGACUAGUGCCAGCUGGCUGGCCGGUGACUUGGCUGCUGGCGAAGGGGUUGCGAAUCGAUAGGCGGUUGGCGUUUACUUUGGUUCAAAAUCCCUUUGCUCUUAUACGAACCGCCCCACUCGCUCGCACUUUCAUCACAUUGUUUUUUGUUCAGACAUUCCAAGCUGGGCACAUAUAUAUGUAUAUAUAUUGCUACGUGGAGAUUUUAAUCUAAUAUUUUCUACAACUACAUUUAUGUUUUGUUUUUAUUCACGGACGAUGUAUUUUAUGAUAAAAGAAGGAAAAAAAACAAAAAGCUUUAUUUCUAAAAUCUUCAGGAUAUAUAUAAUUAUUGUAUGAAAAAAAAGGAAAAAAAAAUAAGAAAGAAAGGAACAUAGUACUUUUUAGAAACAUUAUAUUUAUGCGUACGGUUACUACGAAUCAAUAUCAAUUUUAAUUGUACAGUAAAUACAGAUAUUUUUUUUAGAAUUGUGCCUUUUCAGACUAAUCCACUAGACAGGGAUAUGCUGAAAAUAUUAUAAUAUAUUUUUACGUCGGUAUAUGCGAAACUUGAGCCAAAUUUUGAUCUUCUAGUUAAGAAAUAUAAUUGUUUCUGUGUUGUAGCCGGUUAACACUACGUUUGUUUGUUUAUGAAUUUGAUAGAUUUUGUAUGUAUAGUUGCCACUAACGGGAUUGUCAGAUUGCACGACGAUCUGCAAAGUCUAGAACAAAAUCAAACGGUGGAUCUUUAAAUCUUUGAACUUUAUAACCGACGAUCCGCCGAUAGCCGUAGACUUGUUGACGACGGGAUACGAUAGCUAGAGAGUAAAUUAAUUUAAUAUAUUAUUGAAAUUGAAGAAAACACGUUGUUAAGUGGGAAGAAGAUAUAUCGGAGAUGCGGAGAAGCAUCGGAGCUUCGUCGCGCUUCAAUUACCGAAAAGCGGCGCGUCACUUACCCACGUCCCUUUUCUCCCUCAUCCCCCACCCCACCCCCUGAAACCUCAUAAUUAUACAGCCAUCCAAGUCUCAUGUGGUCUGGCUUAGAUCAAAAGUCAAGGAAUGAACAGAAAGCUUUCUACCAAAUAUGUGAGCUCCGAGCUCAAGAUGUGGCGGGCAGGUAGUUAGGUAGCAUAGUGGUGAUCGUAGCUAUUAUUAUAAUAUUACAUGAAUAUGCUGUAUUAUUAUAAUUAACAAUUACUAUUAUUGACGUCAUCGUAAAGUAUGAAAGAUUUUUACACUGUUGAAACUUGAAGUAAAUAAUAUAUUUAGUUUAUUUUGGUACAUCACAAUUUGAUGACAAGAGAUGAUAAGAGAGUAAAAAAUAAAAAUAAAAUAAAAAAUGAAAAAUGAAAAAUAAUAAUAAUAAAAGAUAAAAAAAAUGGUACGAACUAUUUUUUAAGAAACCGAUUAUUACUCGAUUCGAGUUCAUAUGCAAGUGAAAUAUCCAAAUUUGUGAACAUGUUAAGUGUUGCACAAGCGAUUGUCACCAUGACUGACAACAAAAUCACAUGUGAUUAAUAGUGAAUUUCGAGAAUUUUACUAAAUAGACUUGUACUAAAUAACUAAUAUUAUUGUGACGACCAAACAAGAAGAGGCGCAUAAGUGCCCGUUAAUCGAACGCAAAACAAAGAGCGGCUCUGCCUAAAUUGGCUAGCUCCGGUGGCUACGGAGCAAGACGGGGAGGAAGAACCAGAGUAUAAUUAUUGUAUAGGAUAGGAGUGUAAGAGUAAGAAGUAAAAUUAAAAGUAAAAUUUAAUUAAGGAUAUUUGAGUAAAAGUAAGAGGACAUGUGUAGCUAGUGUUGACUAUGAAUAGGAUAGUAAUUAUUAAGGCUAGCGAGUAAAUAAUUAAAUAUUAAGUAUAGGUAGGUAGGUAGAUGAUAGUUAGGAAUUAGAAUACAACUGCCUCCCCUUCGUAGCAUGAGGGGGGGCACCGUUCAGCCCAUGCAUCUCGCACCCGUCAAGACUGACUGGCUAUUCAUAUUAAUAAUGAAUAUAUUAUUAUUCUACAACAUAUAUUAUAUCUAAUGUAAUAUAAUAGUAAGGACUGCUUGCUGCGCACCACGGGUCAGGUGCUUGGGUUGGCCGGACAUGUUUCCAACGGUUGGAACUUGAUUUCCAAGCAAUGCUGCUUUCUCUAAGCUUUUAGAAAAUUAGCGGUAGAUACGUAGCUUAGAUCUUCGUAGUUUAGCACUAGGUUUAAGUAGAAAAAGUAGGAUGUUUUUAAGUAACUAACGUUAAGUGAUAUCGGCUUAAGAAGCAAGUCCAGAUUAGCUUGGUGUUGCAGUUUUACAUCAUUCGUCAUACUCCGACUUCGUUCAGUCUUUAGUUUGCAGAGUUUUAAGUCAUUGUUUUUAUAUUGUUAAGAAAGAAGUUUUACUUGUAAUAAUUUUGGUUUUUCCCCUUUACUUUAUUUUCUUGUUUUUAUUUUUAUUUUCUAUCUUUCUGUUGUUUUUCUAUCAUUUCUCUCUGUCCGGUUACGUACCUACGUGUCUCCUUAGUGUUUAAUAAAAAAUAAAACUAAUGAAAAAAUACAAAAAAAAUACAAAAAAAAAAAAUUUAAAAACCUUAAAAAAAUACAAAAAUAAAAAUGGUAAAAAGAAAAGCAAAAACAAACACCAGAUCAUGUAUUGUGAGAACGAUGCUACAACGUCUGCUUAUUUUUUGUGUUGUGUGGUUUGCGACCAAUGAAAACCCAAAACAAAAAAACAAUGUUAGAUUAGUGAAUGAAAAAACAAAAAAAAAAAUAAUAAAAUAAAAAAAAACAAAACAAAAAAAUACCUUAGAUGUAUGAGAAUCGAUUUAGAUUUAAUUAUUUUAAGAUGGCGAGGCAUAGCACGUAGCGAAAACCUAGACUAAGGCAAGUGUGUCAUAGCUAGCUAAGGUAGGGACUCUUAGAAGUCGAUAGGUGCUGUAAUAAAACAAAGUUUAACAACGGUCAGAAUUAGAUUUUUCAUGAAACUUGUAUAAGGACAGGGCAUACGCCACUAAAAGUGCCCUUAGUUUAUUUUGGAUCGUUUAAAAAGCUAGUCUUUGUGUGAGAUAAUGUGGGGAUUAGGUAGGGUCUUCUAAAAACAGGAAGCGAGAACAAGAGCGCGAGGAAACGAAAGAGAAAGAGAGUGUGCGGCGUGUGUGGGUAUACGCGUGAUCUUAUUGUUGGUAUAACGCGUUGAUCCCGACAAACCAUCAAAUGCCUAUUACACGACACGGACUGCAGACACACUGUUACUGUAAACUGCACACUGCGGGCGCAUGCUCUGUGCAAUGUUCUAAUACAGAGCAUGCACCAAUCAGUCUUAGAGUUACUUACAAAUAUGGUUUGGUAUUUUCAAAAUGAAAAAAUCAAACUCCUAAUUAUUAUUAUCCCUUAUUUUUGAUCAAUAAAAGAUCUGUUUUGGGGA